AGACAAAGCCUGAGCCCGGGAGCAGAGGCAAGCGCUGCCGGGAGCUAGACGGGGCCGUUCUUCCCUCCCCGUCCUCCCCCACCCUCCGCCGAGGGGUGCUCGGGAGCCCAUCUCCAUCCCGCCACGCUGGCACGUUGUCCCGGUCCCUCGGGCUGACCGGGGCGCAGCCCCGUCCUCGGUAAUGCCCGGGAGGGACGCGAGCGUCUCCAUCACCAGGGGUGUCUGCACCGCGUCCCCGGCUCCACCAGCCGCAGCAGUGCCUGGAUCCUGCUCCCGGUCCUGCUGCGCCGGGAGAAGGCUGACUUCUACGACCCGUGGUGGGACUAGCAUGGGAGAAGCCUUCCCUGGGCAUGGGCAGCGCUAAGGAGCCCGAGGGGCUGCAGGUGCUGAGCUGCCAGGCUGGGGCCGAGGACGCCUGUGAGCCCAGUGCCAGCUCCCCUGGCUGCCCAGGGGCAGGAGAGUGCCUGCCCGGCUCCAGCUGUGCCGCGGGGGCCCGUGCCAUGAGGACCUGCUGUGGGGCUGAGGCAGAGUCUCAGGGCACCAAGGCCAACUCAGUGGCAGAGAAGAAGGUGCCAUCACCAGCAGGACCAGCUCCUGGCACACUUCUCCAGGACACCAGCACAGAGCAGAGCGUGGCAGUAGCAACAGGGAGCUGCGGAGGACCAAGUGGUGCUGCCUCUGCCUGUGGUCCCACAGGGAUGGGGGUCCCCAACACCCAGAAGGAGGAUGCAGCCCCCACUUCCCCUGUUUCUGAUCCCUGCCUCCAGGCAACCAGCAAGGACACGGGGAGCAUGCCAGCUCUUGCCAAACAUGUGGCAUUUGUGGAGCCCACUGCAAGCACCGGGACAGCUGAGCUUCCAAGCCAGGAGCAGCCCCAGAACAGCAAAGGGACAUCCCAGGGUGCUGCUCCCCAGACAAAGAGCGGUGAGGCUCCCAAGCACCCCCAGGGAUGCACAGCAGACCCCCCCAGCACCAGCGCUGUGGGGACUGGGGGUCGAAGUGAGGCAGGACCAAGCUCCACUGCUCUGGGCCAGGGCACAGCUGAGAGGAGCUCGGUCCAGGAUGUGGGUGCUGGGAGCAGCCAGCAGCCCCAAACAGCCAAGCAGCUCUGUGAAUCCUACUCCUUUGAAGUGACCCCACCCCAGGACACUGGGACACAGGACAUGGGGACGCAGGUGGACAGCCGUGUGUCCUUGGUGUCGGUGGCCUUAAGCCCCAUGAGCCCCCCAUGUGGGGCUGCUGCCUUCACCUUCCCCAAGAGAGAGACAGCCUCUGCAGCCCCAUGCCUCGAGCCCUCCACGAAGGACGCGGAGAUGCAGGUGUCCAUGCCUGUGGAGACCCGCUCAGUGGCCACUGGGCCGAUGACACCAGUGGCCAAGUCCCCGCAGACCUCGUAUCCUGAGGUGCAGGUGAAGGGGACGGUGCCGGAGGUGGUGGAGGAGGAGCCUCCGGAGCCCAUCCGGGAGGUGAGCUGGGAUGAGAAGGGGAUGACGUGGGAGGUGUAUGGGGCCUCCAUGGAGGUGGAGGUCCUGGGCAUGGCCAUCCAAAAGCACCUGGAGAAGCAGAUUGAGGAACACGGGCGGCAGGUGGUGGUGACCCCGCAAACCACCCGCACCGGCUCCGUCAAGGGAGGGCCCCGCAAAGGCGAGGCCAAGAGGCAGCCCAGCGUCUUUCGGGCUCUGCUGCAGAACGUCCGGCGGCCCCGGUGCUGCUCCCGCGCCGGCCCCGCCAUGGAGUGAGCUGCUGGCAGGGUGGGGGUGCCUCGGGGCUGCUCCGGAGGAAAUGGGGAUGGGUUCCUGCCCUGGCGUCCUGAGACACCCGGUGCCAGUGUGCAGGGCUGUGCUGGUGAUGGAGCACUGCACACUGGGACAAGGUGUCUCCUUUGCUGGGGUCCUCCCUGUCAGCCUGGGGUUCCCCCAUGGGUGUAGCCCCAUGGACGUGCCCUGGGACAUGAGACUGGUGCCCUGUCUUUGUGCUUGGUGGCUUUUUUCAGCACGAGGAAGCACGUGGCUCCUUCCAGAUGGAGGCAGCUGCUCCUGUGUGUCUCCUGCCCACGGCGCAGGUCUGAAGAUGGCUCAGGGUGUGUGCUGCUGGCUGCCCUGAACUCUGGCACCCCAAGCAGCAGCAUCACUUCCCAUGCUGGAGAGACGCUGGUGCAUCGCCCUGCUAUUGCUUUGCCUGUCCAGGGCUUGGCCACACUCCAACAAGGCUGUGGCUGUGCAUGCGUGGGUCCUGCAGCCACCCAUGGCAAGCACCAAUCCCUCAACUUCCCUGUUCUCUCUGCUGCACUGCCAUGUUGUGGGUGCCCUGGAGCUGGGAGGAUGUGGCCACACAGGGCAGCAGGACAGAUGUCAAGUGAGAGAGAGAGGGGCCAGCCAUGUGUGUGAUGCACAGCUGCUCAUCCCUGUCACUGUGGCUGGAGGUGCUUUGGGAGCCUGUCCCCAUGGCCCCCAGCUCCACCUGCCUGGAAGCAGCACAUCCUCACCACGGCUGGUGGUGGACAUGAAGCCUGCCCUGCUUCCAGGCCUGUCCAGCUGCCCCAGUGGUGCUGGAAAGGCCCCAUGUGCUGGGGACAUGGGGACAUGGGCACGAGUCCCGCUGGGCCCUCUGGCUUCUCUCCGAUGGCAGCUGGGGACACUGCAAAAACGCUGCCACUUUUUACAGCUGGGGUUUUACAGGGUGGGGGGAGGGGAACUUUUAUUGAACUGUGUUUGCAUUUUUGAAGCUUUUUAAGAGACACUUUCAGCCAUGAGCGUCCUGCCUGGAGCCACUUUCCCCAUGGUGGCCUGUGGGGCUGAGUCCAUCUUUUCAAACACUGCUUCUACGUUGCCUGAGCUCUGCUAGGCUGAAGAGCGUUGGGAGUGAAGGGUCAGUCUGAAGGGGGGUGAAUAUCCCUGUGGUUGGGCCAACAUCCCUGUGGCUGGCAGCACCUCAGUGUCCCACCAAGACGUGGAUCUUGGCUCCUCCAGCCUGGCCCCAUAUGGAGGACCAGCCCUACAGUGCCACAGCAAGGGGUGCCCAGGCCUGUGUCCAGCAUAUGAUGGGCAGGAGGCUGCAAACAAGGGAUGCUUGGAGAGCUGCACCAUCCCCUCUGGGCAGAAGUGCUGGAGGGCUCAAGGUGGCAGAGUCACCACUGCAGCAGUUUUCCCUCGUUAAGGUAAAGUCCUGCCCACCUAAACCCACACUGUACGUCCUGGGCUUGUUUUGUCCCUGUGGGGCUGCAAAGGGCUUGCUGAAGUGCCAGCUGGCAGCCAGGGCUGUGGCAAGUGCCCACUCUGUGCCGUGGCACUCGCUGGGACUUGGCUCUGCUCAGUGCCUUGGGCUGUGGGACCAGUGCCAUGGCCAUGCCAGGAAGACCAGGAGCCCUGGGGCAUCCCCUUGCCACCCUGCCCCAGGCUGUGCUCACCUCCAGCCCCGCACUGCCAAGCUGUGGCACACCAGUGCUGCAGCUUCAUCACCUAUUUUCUUCUUUUUUUUCCCUUCAUUUCUUUUGGGGUGGGGUGGGGGGAGGAAGGGGCGGGAGGAUCAAUCUGUCAUUGUGGAUGUUGGGUAAUAAAACCUUGCACAAACCUC